AGUCCCACACCCGGGGCUCCUCGGCCUUGUCAGCACGCGGGCGCGGCGCGCCUAUUUGUUGCGGCGCGUAUAAGGAGUGGGCACACGGCACAGGGAACACGCACAAUGUCGACCGCCGCGGGCUUCGCCAUUCGCGCCUCUGCCUCCACCAUCGUCGCCAGCCUCGGCACCCCCGCGCCAUCCUCCUCCAGCAGCCCCGCCUCCGCCCGCCCCAGGCUCAUCAGGAAUGCACCUGUCUUCGCCGCACCGGCCACCGUCGUGGGCAUGGACGCCGUGGAGCGCUUGAAGAGCGGGUUCGACCAGUUCAAGGCCGAUAUCUACGACAAGAAGCCGGAGCUGUUCGAGCCGCUCAAGGCCGGCCAGGCCCCCAGGUACAUGGUGUUCGCCUGCGCCGACUCCCGUGUGUGCCCGUCGGUGACCCUCGGGCUGGAGCCCGGUGAGGCCUUCACCAUCCGCAACAUCGCUGCUAUGGUCCCAGCCUACGACAAGAACCGGUACGCCGGCAUUGGGUCCGCCAUCGAGUACGCCGUCUGCGCCCUCAAGGUCGAGUGCAUCGUUGUCAUUGGCCACAGCAAAUGCGGCGGAAUCAAGGCGCUCCUCUCGCUCCAGGACGGCGCACCCGACACCUUCCACUUCGUCGAGGACUGGGUCAGGAUCGGUUUCCUCGCCAAGAAGAAGGUGCAGAACGACCACGCCUCAGUUCCUUUCGAUGACCAAUGCAGCAUCUUGGAGAAGGAGGCCGUGAACGUGUCCCUUGAGAACCUCAAGUCGUACCCCUUCGUCAAGGAAGGGCUGGGUAACGGGACCCUCAAGAUCGUCGGCGGCCACUACGAUUUCGUCGCCGGCAGGUUCGACACAUGGGAGCCCUAAGGCAUGGACGCCGUGGAUCGCUUGAAGAGCGGAUUCGACCAGUUCAAGGCCGAUGUCUACGACAAGAAGCCGGAGCUGUUCGAGCCGCUCAAGGCCGGCCAGACCCCACAGUACAUGGUGUUCGCCUGCGCCGACUCCCGCGUGUGCCCAUCGGUGACCCUGGGCCUGCAGCCCGGCGAGGCCUUCACCGUCCGCAACAUCGCCAGCAUGGUCCCAGCCUACGACAAGAACCGGUACGCCGGCGUCGGGUCCGCCAUCGAGUACGCCGUCUGCGCCCUCAAGGUGGAGGUCAUCGUGGUCAUUGGCCACAGCCGCUGCGGCGGAAUCAAGGCGCUCCUCUCACUCCAGGACGGCGCCCCAGACACCUUCCACUUCGUCGAGGACUGGGUCAGGAUCGGUUCCCCCGCCAAGACGAAGGUGCAGACCGAGCACGCAUCAGUUCCUUUCGCUGACCAAUGCUCCAUCUUGGAAAAGGAGGCCGUGAACCUGUCCCUCGAGAACCUCAAGUCGUACCCGUUCGUCAAGAAAGGGCUGGAGAAGGGCACCCUCAAGCUGGUCGGCGGCCACUACGACUUCGUCUCCGGCAAGUUCGGCACGUGGGAGCUCUAAGUGGUCAACCAUUUGACUCCUACAUCAUACAUACAGAUAUGCUCCCGAUCGAUGCGAACGCGUGGAGUACUUAUUUACCGCUACAUACGUCCGAUGUGAAUUGUAAUAAGCAAUAACACGGAGUUUUUUUGGAAUAUAUGAUGCAUAUUGGAUCGCCUUGUGGUCAAAAGACAUCAGCUAUAAUCUUUUCAAUAAUAUUAUGACGAAGAGUUUACCUUUUUAUACUA